GAGUUUUUGUAUUCAGAUGAGUAAUUCGCGGUGGUUUAUGUUGAGUAUAGUCUAUCCGUGCGUUAACACAUCACACGGACGGUGCACUAGUCAUUAAAAUGGCGUGUUAUAACUUUAUCCAUGACUUUGUUUCUUUGUAGAUAGAUGACCAAUAGCUAUAGACAGAUCGCGGGAGAACGAGGGGCGGGGCUCCGCUUUGGAAGGGCUGUUGCUUGGUUACCGUGCGAGUGACACUUCCGGGAUAGAACAGAGACCAAAGGAGCCGUAAUGGCGGCUGUCCUCUCGUCUUAGCAACAGGGGCAGCAGCUGUUCUUAAUCUGCAAACAUCGCCCUAAAUAUAGACCAGACAGGCUCCCAGGACCACUGAAAAUAAACUAGAACAUCAACUGCACACGAAUAUACUGACAUUUCUGACCAAUAUCAAAAACAGAGAUUAAAAGUUUGUGUGUGAUAUAUAUAUAUAUAUAUAUAUAUAUAUAUAUAUAUACGACCAUGUAAACAGUAUCAACCGAUUCAAGUUUUCAAUUUCAGUUUUGUGAAACAAUAUCGCCCAUUCAACAUGGACUCUGGCUGUUUCUGAACUCCAUCGGAAACAGAAGGAAUUAAAUACCUUUCCUGACGCCUGAAACCGGGCUGAGGAAUAAUAAAAAGGUACUUAGAUUACAGACGUUUCUUAUACAAAAACAUAAUUAAACACCACCAAUAAAUAUCUGCGACUGCUACCAGGGAGGGGAGAGAUGAUCAAGCUGUAACAGCAGAGCGCUUAAAACAAGUUUCACCUUCACUCGUUUUAUUUUUAUGUUUUUCUUCCGUGCAGGCCAGUGAGGGAGAGACCUGGAAUGAAUCGAGAGACAGACCGUGCACCACGCCGUGGUGUUGGGGGUUUUUGUAAUUAUUAUUUUUAAGUUUCCCUUUUUUUCGGUUUUUGUUCUAUUGGUUUAAUGCUUCGUUGUGGUUGGAGAGGCCCGGCUUUGGCAGGAGGCGCGUUACCGUGAGGAAUGCCCGGUUCCGAGAGACACCAUGGAAGAAGGAAGCCGGAUGGAGGCAUUGCCGUUCCGUUACAACAGCAGCCAAGCAACAGCGGGGUCCUGCAAACCGCGCAGCCACAACCUUCCUCAGCUACAAACAUGACUAGCAAAGACGGCAAGCAGAAGCUCAAGGCCUCGGUGUCCGCCUCCUCAGCUAAGCACAAGCGCCACAAGUCCAAGUAUAACAAAGCAUCGGCGCUGGAGCACAGGCCCGGGACCACCACGAGCUCUGCGGCGCCCCCAGCGGUGAGUGUUAUUAAACCUUUAGUGGAGUACGACGACAUCAGCUCCGACUCCGAAACAUUCUCAGACGUGCCGACAGGUAGGUCUGACAAGCGUGCAGUGGCGGACCACCACGAGAAAGGGGGAGGUGGCAGCGUGGAAAGUCGGGGUCACAAGCACAGGCACCCCCACAAGAAGUCCAAAGACCUGCAGAAGCUGAAGGAAGUAGGGAGCAGGGAGAAAAAGAAGAGCAGCAAGGAGCGAGAGAAGGAGAGGGAGGGCAUCAGGGAGGGGACCAGGAGCAAGCGCAGCAAGGACAGGCCCUCGGGCUCCAGGAAGCUUGAGGACACAGUGACUAGGAAGCGGGGCGAGUCCGCUGCCUCCUCAUCCUCUUCUGCACCAGGACAACCAACAGGAGCCGACCCCUCUCCCUCCAAGAGCAAGCAGGGCUGCCGGGCCCCCAAAUCGCACAAGGACAGCAAGCAGAGGCGUGACAAGGGUGACUCCCAAAAGGAGAGGGGGGACAAGAGCCACCGCAAGAGGGGGUACAAGGGGAGCCCCCGUAGGAAGCAGAAGGGCUCCCCCAAACCCAGAGGCGGGAGAGUAAAUGACAGCCCUGGUGCAGUGGAGUAUGGGCAGGACAGUGAGGACAGUUACCACCACCACCACCGGAGGCAGCAGAGCCCCAGCACCCCGGCCUGCAGGGAACCGUCUGGGAGGGCCAGGCAGUGCUUGGGCAGCCCACUCCGCUCCUCCAGUGACGAGAGAGACAGCAGCCCUGGCUGCUCCAGCAGGAGGCGCUCUCUCAGCCCCUAUGCAAACCGCAGGUCCUCCAGCUCCAGCCCGGUGUCACGGCGGUCAGUUUGUUCCCGCAGCCGCUCCCCGCCCCCCUUCUCCUCCUCGUCCCGAGGAUCCUCAUCCCGCUCUCACAGUAAGAAGUGCUCGUCGGGGUCUCGGAGCCGGCAGUCCAGUGUGUCGCCCCCCCCUCCCGCCCGCUUCCCCCUGAAUUCCAGCCUGGGGGCCGAGCUGAGCCGCAGGAAGAGGGAGCGCCAGGCUGCCUCUGCAGGGGCUGCGAGGAGCUCCCUGGAACCACGGAAAGAGGAGCCCGGGGCCCCACUAGCCAACACCAAGAGAGGGCCGAGCAAGCCUGCCAAACCAGCGGAGAAGCAGAGCGAGGCUGAGACCAACUCCGUCACUGCAGGGGUCAAACCAGAGCUGGAGGAGGUGUCCCCCCCAGACAGGAACCCAGCCCCUGAGAAUCCCUCCCAGCCCCCUCUCCCCCUUUCUGAGCCCUCCAAGGAGGAUCAGGCCUCACGGUCUGCUCCCCCUCCUCCUCUCCCAGUCCCCCAAUUCUCAUCACCCCCCCCCCCCUGGGACCCCGCCUCCCCUUCCCCUUCCCCCACUCCCCCCUUCUCCUGCCACCUGGUAGGGGCAUCGCCUCGGGGCGCCCCCGUGUCGGAGCCCCUCCCAACCCCAUGGGGUCCCCACACAACCCCCACCCCAAGACUUCCACCCUGCCCCCCCGCCCUGCCCCCCAUGCUGCUGGGAGAGAACAGCUUGGGCAGCCCAAAGGAAUUGCCCCCCCAUCGCUCUCAGAGGAAGGAAAAGGAGGGUCGAACCCGGCACCUACUGACUGACCUGCCUCUGCCACCCUCCCUGCCAGGGGGGGACCCUUCACCCCCCCAGUCCCCCGUCCAGAAGACCCCCCCCCAGCCACUGUCUGCCAAGAAGAGACCAAAGUUCUGCUGCCCGCGCUACGGGGAGAAGAAGCAGACGCAGAGCGACUGGGGGAAGCGCUGCGUCGACAAGUUCGGCAUCAUCGGCAUCAUCGGAGAGGGAACCUACGGCCAGGUGUACAAGGCAAAGGACAAGGACACAGGGGAGCUGGUGGCCCUGAAGAAGGUGCGUCUCGACAAUGAGAAGGAGGGGUUCCCCAUCACAGCGAUCCGAGAGAUCAAGAUCCUGCGGCAGCUGAACCACCGCAGUGUGGUCAACAUGAAGGAGAUCGUGACGGACAAGCAGGACGCGCUGGACUUCAAGAAGGACAGAGGUGCGUUCUACCUGGUGUUCGAGUACAUGGAUCACGACCUGAUGGGUCUGCUGGAGUCGGGGCUGGUGCAGUUCUCAGAGGAGCACAUCAAGAGCUUCAUGAGGCAGCUGCUGGAGGGGCUGGAGUACUGCCACAAGAAGAGCUUCCUGCACAGAGACAUCAAGUGCUCCAACAUACUGCUGAACAACAGCGGACAGAUUAAACUGGCGGACUUCGGUCUGGCUCGACUCUACAACUCCGAGGAGAGCCGUCCCUACACCAACAAGGUGAUCACACUGUGGUACCGGCCGCCCGAGCUGCUGCUGGGAGAGGAGCGCUACACUCCGGCCAUCGACGUGUGGAGCUGCGGCUGCAUUCUCGGGGAGCUGUUCACCAAGAAGCCCGUCUUCCAGGCCAAUCAGGAGCUGGCUCAGCUGGAGCUCAUCAGCCGGCUGUGUGGCAGCCCCUGCCCGGCGGCCUGGCCCGACGUCAUCAAGCUGCCGUACUUCAACACCAUGAAGCCCAAGAAGCAGUACCGGCGCCGGCUGAUCGAAGAGUUUGCAUUCAUCCCCAGCCACGCUCUGGACCUGCUGGACCGCAUGCUGACCCUUGACCCUGGGCGGCGCUGCACAGCGGAGCAGGCCCUGCAGAGCGACUUCCUGUGCAACGUGGAGCCAAGCAAGAUGAGUCCCCCUGACCUCCCUCACUGGCAGGACUGCCACGAGCUCUGGAGUAAGAAGCGGCGGCGGCAGAGACAGAGCGGGGUGGCCGAGGACGUGCCUGUCCCCAAACUGCCCCGCAAGGACCCGCCACCCCCUCCUGCAGGCACAGUUAACAGCCGCUCCACCCCCAGCCCAGCGAGAACGCAGCCUCCCGCCCCACCCAGACAGGCCCCCCCCCUGGAGGAGCUGCAAGGAGGGACCGCCACACUGAAAGGGCUUGGUGAGGCCGCAGAGCAGCUCAAUCAGAACGAGAUGGCCGUGCUGCUCAAUCUGCUCCAGCAGCAGACGGACCUCAGCCUGCCCCAGAUGGCUCAGCUGCUGAAUGUGGGUUCGAACCCGGAGACGCAGCAGCAGCUGGAAUCUCUCACCCAGUCGCUGUCUGCGCUGACAGAGGCAUCCAAUCAGCAACGAGGGCACCAGAAGGAGCAGCAGCAGGAGGAGGAGCCUGGCACUGCAGAACCUGUUGCAGCGCAGCCACACACCCCUGAGCCCGCCCCAUUGGCCGAACUGCCUGCCAGUCAAGAGGACCUGCCCAAUCUGCUGGCUCUGCUGUUGGGGCAGCUCAUCAAGCCACAGGAAGGGGCGGAGCAAGCAGAUGAGAGCAACGGUGUCCAAUUGGAGAAGCCGCCUGCAGCCAGCGGCAACGAACGCAAAGAGUCAGGUGUGGGCCGACGGAAGGCUUCGGGUUCGAGUCAGUGUGUGGUGCCCCCUGAGAGGAGGCCCCCCGAGCCCCCGGGACCCCCCCUCCAGUGGCCAGGCCCCUCCCUCCACACGUGGGGUCUGCAGAGGCUCGUCACCCCAACUGGAGGAGCAGUGGCCGCGGCACUGCUGCAGCUCAUCACCCAACAGGAGGUGGGGCCAGGCCAGGAGAGGGUGGGGCCAAGGGGGAGGGGGGCAGACCGGACUUACACUGUGGUGGGGGGCAAACCCCCUGAGCCCCCUCCUCCUGACAGAGCUGCACCCGAGCCAGCCCCCCCCUCUGGGAAGGUGCCGCUGACCCCCUCCAGCUCCAUGCAGUUCCCUGGGGAUCAGGACCUGCGGUUCAGUUGUGGUGGGCCCCUAGGGAAGCAGCCUCCCGAACCAGGGGCCACAGAGCACAGCCAUUCUGGGGGGGCCUCAGGGUGGGGUUCUAGCAAGGGUUACAGGGGAGCAGGCCACGCUCAGUCCAGGGGGGGCAGAGGGAAAGGGGUGCCCAACUGA